GCCUCUAGGAGCGGAGCGGUGCGGAGCGGACAGGAGCCGCCGCAGCCACCUGCCGCCGGCCCAGCUCAGCUCAGCUCAGCUCAGCUCAGCGCCCGCCGCCGAGCGAGGCUGCCCUCCAAGGAUUCCUGGUCUCUGUGCAUGUGAAGUGUGAAGGUGGGCAGCACCCCUAAGCCAUCAUCAUGGAUUUUGUUAUGAAACAAGCUCUAGGAGGGGCUACCAAAGACAUGGGGAAGAUGUUGGGUGGGGAUGAGGAGAAAGACCCAGAUGCUGCCAAGAAAGAAGAGGAACGACAGGAAGCUCUCAGGCAAGAAGAAGAAGAGAGGAAAGCCAAAUAUGCCAAGAUGGAGGCUGAAAGAGAAGUUAUGAGACAAGGGAUUCGAGACAAGUAUGGGAUAAAGAAGAAGGAAGAAAAGGAAGCAGAGGCCCAGGCUGCACUGGAAGCUAAUGCUGAAGGGAGUCUGACGCGCCCAAAGAAGGCGAUCCCCCCUGGCUGUGGGGAUGAGGAGGAGGAGGAAGAAGAGAGCAUUCUAGACACAGUCAUCAAAUACCUACCAGGGCCCCUGCAGGACAUGUUCAAGAAGUAAUAGCUGCAGACUGUUAGAUGGGCAUAAACAGUACUGCAAAGGAUUUCUCUUUUGCCCAAUGGGGAUUUACAAUCUUGCCAUCCAUCACGCAGCCUUCCCCACCUCUGCCCUCUACUGCUCACUAGGAGUCCCUUUGCUUCCCAUUCCCUUCUGACUGCCUCUUUCCCUUCCCUCCACCCCAAGACUCAUCCAUGCCUUUUUUGUACAUAGUCACAUCCAGUAGAUGCCUCUGAAUGGAUGUAAAGAUUAAAAAGCUGCAGACUACACAACUUUUAUUAUAAGCCAUAGUACUAUGUAUGUUAAAUAAGGCAACUGUAUAUUAAGCAUAGAAAAGGAACAACCUCAUGUGCAUUUCCAUCCAAAGCAGGAAGAAGUGUUCACUAAGUGUGAACAGUGGCCUCUUUAAUUUUCUUUAAUUCUCUUUUUAUUAUUAUUGAUAAUAAUUAUUAGUCAUUAUUAUUAAUGUUCUUGUUGAUUGGCUUACACUAGGCAUUUGUUGAGCACAUUCACCCUUGGAAGGGAUAUCUCAGUUCUCCCAUGAAAGCAGAGCUUUUCUGUUUUAAUUCCAUCACUAGCAUAAAUAAGAGAUAAUUUGGAAGGUAAAUCAUGCAUGAUUUACACAGCUGACAUCACUCAGAACUGUGGAAGUAGUGAGUCCUCUGCGCUCAGACGCUGGUAGAAGUUAAAUGCCUCAGAAUCUAAGCAAGAGUCAUGUUACUUUGGGAACUAGCCAUACACCUAACUUGAAAGAGCAGAUUUGGUCAGACAGUUGCCAUACAGAGAGCUGAAACCACAGGAAAGUGCAUGAUGCUCUGGUCGAGGACCUCCCCAAGCCCUUUGAAGCCAAUGAUCAAGUACAUAGGCUGCUCUGAUUAACUAACCUUCUUCUUUCUGCCCAGUGUCAUUUUCAGCUGUCCCAUUCGCAGCAGUGCUUGCUGGAUGGACAUUUGGUUUCCAGUAUAUUGUUGCAGCUGUGUCCUGCCCACCCCUUCCUGCAGUGUGUGGGAGAGUGGUGGCCUGAAUGUUAGCCAUGGCACUGGAGAUCCAGAUAUCCUGAGUAUGCCUGCUACGAUACUAUGCUAAAUUACUGCGUUGCCUUGGGGAGGUUACUUAUUUUUCUGCCCCACCCAGCUUCUUCAGCUGUAAAAUGUAGGUUUCAGUCUCUACCUACUAUAAAGGCAUAAAGUAAGGAUGCUUCUCCAGUGCUGUGCAGGAGCUAAUUAAUAUUAUAACAGUGUGUGGGAUCCCUUGAUGCUAGUAGGGUGGAAGGAAAUCUCUCUCUCACCAUUAUCUUUGUUGCCUUUUGCAGACACAGAUACAGAGGGCUUCUCAAUACAGCACUGCAAGUACUGAGUAACUGCAUAAGAUAAGCCAAAUUCUACUGGAGAUGUUGACUUGCUAGUACAUACACAGACUCACAUACGUAGAUAGACUUAUUCUGAACACAGACCCUCAUGAUCAGGCAUCUGGCUUGUCAUCUGAAGAGCUGAUCCUGGAGUUUUUGCAUUUGGCUAGGUCUCUGUAGUUCCUGCUGUGAAAGCAUCAUGCCAUC